AUUUAAACUGCCCCCACUUAGAUUUUUAGACUCGCCGCUCUCAAGUCACAAUUUGACGAUAAGUGAAGAAGGCUGUACAUCACUCAUUCGCCGCCGCGCCGGUGACAAUCGUCAAUCGCCGCCGUAACCGUUCUCCGUUGUUUAAUUUGGGGAAUAACCUCACCGGAGACAAAAGCUGCCUGAGCUUGUUUGCAUAUUCGUGUCGUGUGGAUGCUUGCUACCUUCCUUCUAUGGCUUCGUGAUUGAUUCAUUGAUUUGAUUGCAGGUUCUUUACGUAUAGAAGGAAAAGUAUAAGCGUUUUUAACGUUCUCUCUAACCUUGAGAGAUGAUGAUGAUGGAAAUGAAGAUUGUUGCUACGACAUGUAUGCAUUUAUCUCAGUCUUAUCAUCACUCACCGUCUUCUUCUUCGUCGUCGUCGCAAGCCUUAGCUUCUCACAGUCACAGACGCCGGAGUUCUGUUUUCUUUUGGGGAACGAAUCUCCACCGCUCCAGAAAAGAAGCCUCUAACCACCGCAGUAGUACAAGACAGAGAACAAUAUUGUCACGAGCUUCCAUCGCAAGUCUGGAUACAUUUUCAGAUGAUGAAUUUUCCAAACGUGUCCAAGAGAUUGUUACGAGAUUCCACUUGUCACAAGAAGAAGAAUCAACAACCGAAUCAGAAUCUCAAUCUCAAUUUGAAUCUGAAUCGAUUAGAUUCGAUCGAUCGGAGAUUUCAUCUGAUCCGAUGAAUACAUCGGAACGCAUUCCGGCAAACAUUGAGCAUAAGGUAAACAGAAUAGAACUCCCUCACUCUAUACGGAUAAUAAAACGGAAGAUGCAGUGGCGAGAAGAAGAAGAAGAAGAAGAUGAAUCAGCUUACUGUUCCGUGAAGAAGGCGUUCUCCUCCAUGGUUUUCAUCAUCCGUGAGCUCCAUAGCUUUACUCUCCAAAUGAGAGAAAAGCUUCUAUACGAAGAUCUUCAAGUUAUAAUCCUUCGCGUACAGAAGGAAAUGCACGCCUCAUUUGUUUGGCUAUUUCAGCAAGUAUUUUCCCACACCCCCACUCUAAUGAUGUACGUUAUGAUCUUGCUAGCAAAUUACAGCGUUCAUUCGAUGUCUGCCAACGCCGCCAUCAUCGCAUCCCCUGCGUACGAACAGCAGGAGAAAUUCAGCUUCGAUUCAUCAUCGGUUAAGAAAUUCUCGAUGAUUUCGCACUCUUCCAGCGGGAAUACUGCUUCAAUCGGAGGAAACAACGGCGGAAAAUACCGGCCGGUUGCUAACGGAACGGAGGGAGACGGCGAAUCAUCGGGGAAGUGCGAUCGGACGGAAGUUCCAAACGGAACGUCGGAGAUUGAGGCGGAUAGUACGGAGGAGGAGUAUAAGCAGACGGAGAUCCUUUACCAGAUGGGUCUUGCCCAUGAUCCGAAUAAUGCUCUCUUACUCGCAAAUUAUGCUCAGUUUCUUUACCUGGUCUCCCGUGAUUACAAAAGAUCGGAAGAGUAUUUCAUGAAGGCUUGUAAAGUGGAUCCUGUGGAUGCUGAAGCUCUGAACAAGUAUGCAAUAUUUCUAUGGAAGGUGAAAAAGGAUCUUUGGGCGGCGGAGGAGAAUUAUCAGAAGGCAAUAUCUGCAGAGCCAAGUAAUUCUUAUUAUUCUGCAAAUUAUGCACACUUUCUUUGGAAUACUGGCGGAGAUGAAACCUGUUAUCUACUAAACGAAUGAUAAUAAUUCUGGUAACAUUAGUUAAUAGGAUGAACAAUGAAAAAGGCUCACAUAAGAAAAUUCAGAAUCUAGGAUUUGUUGCUCUUUAUUCUCAACUUCUUCUUCUUUCGAGCUUUGGUCUUUGUAAUUGUAAAUCUUGUGUUUUUACAAGGAGAAAUAUAGAUUUCAUAUUUGAUAUUUC